AUGGACAUAGACAUUGCACUAAAGGAGGAACAACCUGCACCUCUCACCACGGAAAGCAACCCUGAAGCUAAAAGGGAUUUUGAGAGAUAUUAUCGUUCAAAUUGCAUGAGUCUAAUGAUUAUUAAGCACACCAUUCCAGAAGUCUUUAGGAACAUAGAACUUGAAGAGAUUACUCAUGCCAAAGGUUUCCUUGAUGAAAUUGAGAAACGUUUUGCCAAAAAUGAUAAGGUUCUCAUACCUAUCAUUGAUCAAGAAGUGAAUCCAAAACCUCAACAAGAAAAUGUUGAACAACUCUCUAUUCAAGAUGAGGUAAUUGUUCCAUAA